UCCUGGGCUCCAUUCCCACUGCCUGUCUCCUAGGCCACUAAACCUCACUGUCUGUUAGAAUAAAGCUCCAAAGUAGAUCGUAGAAGAGAGCAGAAGCCUGAGCAGACCGAGAGCCGCCUCCUGUCCCAGGCUGGUGCUGGACCUCUUGAACCAUACCUCCUAUUUUUACUUUCUACUGGUUAACUGAAGGUGCAGACAUGGCCAGGUACGUGAGCACACAGCUGCUGCUCCUGCUGGUGUGGGGGGCCGGAUGUGGAGCCGGGCCCAGGAUGCCUCAGCCUCUCCAAGUCUGCAUGGACGCCAAACACCACAAGGAACAGCCAGGCCCUGAGGACAGUUUGCAUGGUCAGUGCAGCCCCUGGAAGGACAACUCCUGUUGCACCACCAACACCAGCGAGGAGGCGCAUAAGGAGAUGUCCUACCUCUACAACUUCAACUGGAACCACUGUGGCCAGAUGACGCCCGCCUGCAAACGGCACUUCAUCCAGGACACCUGCCUCUAUGAGUGCUCCCCUAACUUGGGGCCCUGGAUCCAGCAAGUGAACCAUAGUUGGCGUAAGGAGCGGAUCCUUGAUGUGCCCCUGUGCAAGGAGGACUGCCAGCGCUGGUGGGAGGACUGUCGCACCUCCUUUACCUGCAAGAGCAACUGGCACAAGGGCUGGGACUGGAGCUCAGGGUAUAACAAGUGCCCCGUGGGAGCUGCCUGCCAGUCCUUCCACUUCUAUUUCCCCACGCCGGCUGCUCUGUGUGAGGAGAUCUGGACCCACUCCUACAAAGUGAGCAACUACAGCCGGGGGAGCGGCCGCUGCAUCCAGAUGUGGUUUGACCCAGCCCAGGGCAACCCCAAUGAGGAGGUGGCCAGGUUCUAUGCUGAGGCCAUGAGUGGGGCUGGGGCUCCUGGGGUCCCUGGGUCCUGGCCUUUGCUGCUCAGCCUGGCCCUGGCACCGCUGUGGCUGCUCGGCUGAGUCCCCUUUUUACCCUGGGUGCCCUGCUUAGCUCUCCAGCCCCCAGCUCUUCUGUUCCGGCCCUGUGGUGGGAAAUCCAACAGCAGUUUGAAUAAACGGAACACUCCA